AUGUCCUCAAGUCAGAACAAUAAUCCAUCAUCAUCAACAACAACAUCGGAGAAACACAUUAAAUCCAAAAUGAAUUUUAUUGAAAAGUUCUAUUGGGAUGAUAAUGAAGAAUUGGAAAGAAAGAUUAGUGAAGCUUGCCAACCAAAACAAGAAAUAUUUAAGGAAUGCGUCAAGAUAAAGAGUUAUAAUAGAUGUGUCAUUCCCGAGAGGAGAGAUUAUCAACAUUGUCUAUUGGAAGAAAAGUUAAAGUACACUGAGAAUAAUCAUAACUUUUUCCAAAGAAUGGCUCUCAAAGCUGAGUUUUAUAGAGGAAACAAGGGUGAUACACCUUCCGAUUAUUUUGAACAGAGAUUUGAGGAGGACAGAAAGAUUGCAGCUGGUGAAAAAUUAGAUGAAGACGAAGAUGAUUAGAUCUUCUAAUAUUAUUGUUCUAGAGUCUUUGAUUCAAAAUAUAUUAGUCAAAAUUGAAAAGGAAUAACCCUACCUACUCUUAUAAGGUUUAAUGUUAGAUAAGAUCGUAACUUGAUGAAACAAUACACAUGCUAAAUAAAUU